AUGGGUCUUCUGUGUUUCUUUUUUAUCGUGUCUAAAGCUACUAUUAUCUUGCAGAAAUAUACCCCAAUAUUGGAAUUUGAAAAGAAAUCUAAUAAAGAGCUCCUGGGAGAAUACAACUCUGAUUCGUUGAUAGAAUGUGCUGCCCUGUGUCAAAGCUCGUGUGGAUUCUUUGGAUACAGCCCUCAGUUAAAGAAGUGCCGUCUCCAUAAGAAAAUCAUCACGCCCGAAAUGGCGGAUGAGGCAAACUGGAGAUAUUAUUCGUAUCAUUCAUUACCUUCUGAUUGUGAAGACCUUUGCGAAGCUGGUUACAGAAGUUCAGACGUGUAUCAGAUAUAUCCUUAUGGAACCAUCACCAGUCCUGUUACAGUUUACUGUGAUAUGGAUACACAGGAAGGAAAUGACGUCAUUCAUCAGAUAACAAAAGAAAGGAACUCAUCUCUAUAUAUUUCCAUCACACUGGUAAAUGGAACCACACUCUAUGAGCUGUACGAUCAAUUCUCAGUGUCCAAUGAAGUAGAGAAUUAUAAAAUCUUUCUGGCGGGGAAUGUCACGGGCAGCUUAGGUGACAGUAUGGUAAACACAGGGAGGCCUGAUAAUUCUGAUCUGUCCGGGAUGGCUUUUAGUACGUUCGACAAUGACAACGACAAGAAUCUUAACUAUAACGGUGGCAACUGUGCUCUUACUAAUAGAGGAGGAUGGUGGUUUAAUUCUUGUCACUACGCCUUCCUUAACGGACCGUGGUCUUCUUCUGACUGGAAGAGACUCUGGCUUCCUACUGUCAAAUCUGGGACAGACAUUAGGAUUCUUCAAGAGAAACUACGAGUUUCUUUAAGGGUACAUUGA